CCCUUGGCUUCUCUUACGCGUCAUGUGAAUGAUUUUAAAGAGAAUUGAAAGGCCACACCGUUGGCUGCCAUUCACGUUCCGUCUAUGAUCAACCACUUAUUUCUUACUCCUUAAAGCCCCACUGUCACCUCUUUUCUCUCGCUCAACCAACCCCAUGAAGGAUCUCUCUCUUUUCUUCUUCAAGAACUCUGUGGCAUCCAAGAUGAGAAAAGGGAUUAGAAAUAUUUGCCAUGGCGAUGGCUCAACGUCUACCCUCAAUCAAAACACUUCUCCUAAUAAUAAUAAUUUCUACACCCACACUAGUGGUACUAGUGCCGCUACUCCUCCUCCUCCAUCGUUGGAGGAGAUGAUCUUGCAGCUAGAGUUAGAAGAGGAGAUUUCAAGAAAUGCUAAGCUCGAUCAUGACCUCGUUGCAAUGAGAGGUGGUAGAAUGUCUUGUGUAAGUAGUUCUGACAUCUUACGAUCUGCAAGAAACGCUGCAUUGAGUCAGUAUCCUCGAUUCUCUCUUGAUGGGAGAGAUGCCAUGUAUCGAUCUUCCUUCAGGAGAUCAUCACCAUCGCCAUCUUCAAGAGUAAAAUCCCAGCUGCCACCAAUUUUGGCAGGGGAAACUGUGGUUUGGUGCAAGCCAGGAGUGGUAGCCAAGUUGAUGGGUCUAGAAGCAAUUCCUGUGCCAGUUAUUAGAGAAAGAAAUAGGAAGGAAACGUUGAGCUCCAUAAUUAAGAGGCAAAAUCUUAGGAGAAAGGCGCAGAGACAUGAAAUGGAAAGAAGGCUUUCAUCGGCAGAUCAUAUUCGCAUGCACAUUUGUGAUCAUAGGGGAAGAGGAAGAGGCAGGAUGGCUUCAUGUUUAAACACGACGGAGCCACCCAUUGAUGGAGGUGGUUGGCCUACACGUCGAUUUCGUUGUAAAAACUCUAAUUUAAUGAUGCCAUGAGUAAUGAGCCCAAAUCCAUACUCUUAACUAUUUAAAUUUUAGUGGAAGUUAAAUUUAAAAAAAAUAAAAUGAAAUUAUGAGGAACUUAUGAACUGUUAAAAAUGUUGAGGAAGUCAAAUCAAUGUUUUGUUA